AUGGAGGAAAUGUACUACUGUGAAUUUUGUAAUAAGUUUCUUUCUACCAGUCAAGCAUUGAAUGCUCAUAAGCUCAUUCACUCAAGGGAAAGACCUUACCGAUGUGAGGAUUGUGGGGAAGCAUUUACUCUGAGUAAUGAAUUAUUAUCACAUAAAUGUGCUUUUCAUGUAGGAGACAGACGUAAGCACUGUGAAAUUUGUGGUAAAUCAUUUUCUAAUAAUCCUAAGUUAUCUCAUAAAUGUGAAAUUCAUGCAACACAAAGACCUUACCACUGUGAAAUUUGUGGAAAAUCAUUUUCUCAAAAAGGAAGUUUAUCAACUCAUGUACGUACCGUUCAUAUUGGAGAAAAGCCUUACAAGUGCAAUGUUUGUGAUAAACGUUUUGCUGUACGAACAUCAUUAAAAUAUCAUAGCUACCUUCAUACAGGAGAAAGGCCCCACCAUUGUGAAGUUUGCGGGCACACAUUUACUAGAGUGGUGUGCUUAGAAAAGCAUAAACGAAUACACACAGGAGAAAAACCGUACACUUGUGAAGUUUGUGGAAAAGCAUUUUCAAGAGGAUUUAGCUUAAAAAGACAUCGAAUUCUUCACACUGGAUUAAAACCUUAUGUUUGUGAAAUCUGUGGGACAGCAUUUUCAGAUUACAGUAACUUGGCUGGCCAUAAACGUGUUCACACUGGUGAAAGGCCAUAUCACUGCGAAAUUUGUGGGAAAGCAUUUUGUACUAACCGUAGCCUUUCAUCUCAUAAAUAUAGUCAUAGUGGUGGAAAACCAUACCACUGUAACAUUUGUGGGGAAACAUUUUCUCUUAGGAGCUACUUAUCAACUCACAGAAAUAAUAUCCAUAUUGGAGAAAAGCGCUACCAUCGCAAAGUUUCUGGGAAAGCUUUUUCUAAAAAGGAUUCACUUAAAAAAACACAAGCACGUUCACGCAUGAGAAAAUAG